CUCCUCCUUAGCACCAAUCAGCUCUCGGGGUAUGGGCGGGACUUAACGCCGACAACAGGAAGAACAAACCCAACAGCAAAUACUUCUCUGGAAACUUUUAGCCGAAUUGCUCGUAACUGUAAAACGAAUCAAUAUUUAUCCAGAGAUUCCGUUACUGAAAUAAUGUGGCGUUUUAUUUAACUGCACCAGCUACGGAGAGACUCAGCGUUGCGGGCAGCAUGGGUCGUCUUGUUGUUUGUUUACAUGGCGAAUCAGCUGACAAGCUAAUGUUAGCUACCUAGCUUAGUGAUGUCGAGUCAUAUGAGCGGCUAAUUGUCCAGAACCUUUGUCCUCGUGAAUGAAAGUCUACAGUAGUGGGCGGGGAGACAUGCACGCGCAGCCUUAAAUGGCGAAAUGAAUGGUUAACGGUAUUUUUUACAACAUUAGCCGUCAUGUUUCCAGCAUUAGCAUAGCCUUCCUUCUGGGCGGGUUGAGUUGUCUUUUUAAAUUCACUUUUAAAGUCACUUUUAACGCAGCGUGUUCAUGUGUAACAUGCCCUGCUCAUUUGGAAACUGGAGAAGAUGGAUUCGGCCGCUGGUCGUUGUGCUGUACAUUUUGUUGUUGAUAGUGGUUCUGCCUCUGUGCAUUUGGGAGCUGCAGAGGUCAAAGGUUGGCACACACAACAAAGCCUGGUUCAUUGCUGGGAUCUUUGUCUUCAUGACUAUCCCCAUAUCAUUAUGGGGCAUUCUUCAGCAUCUGGUUCAUUACACUCAGCCUGAGCUUCAGAAACCUAUCAUCAGAAUACUAUGGAUGGUUCCAAUCUACAGCUUGGACAGUUGGAUUGCUCUGAAAUACCCCCGUAUAGCAAUUUAUGUGGAUACAUGCAGAGAGUGCUAUGAGGCCUACGUCAUCUACAACUUCAUGAUUUUCCUGCUCAACUAUCUGGAGAAUCAGUACCCCAGCCUGGUGAUGAUGCUGGAGGUUCAGGAUCAGCAGAAACACUUGCCUCCUCUCUGCUGCUGCCCACCAUGGCCAAUGGGAGAGGUUUUACUGUUGAGAUGCAAAUUGGGAGUGUUGCAGUACACAGUUGUAAGACCCGUCACAACAGUGAUUGCCUUGAUCUGUCAGCUGUGUGGAGUAUAUGAUGAAGGAAAUUUCAGUUCAACAAAUGCGUGGACAUACCUGGUCAUCUUAAACAACAUGUCACAGCUGUUUGCCAUGUACUGCCUGGUGCUGUUCUACAGAGCCCUGAGAGAGGAACUGAAUCCAAUCAAACCAGUGGGCAAAUUCCUGUGUGUGAAAAUGGUGGUGUUUGUGUCUUUCUGGCAAGCCGUGUUCAUUGCCUUACUGGUGAAAGUGGGCGUUAUCUCAGAAAAUCACACAUGGGACUGGAAGACUGUGGAAGAUGUUGCCACAGGUUUGCAGGAUUUCAUAAUAUGCGUGGAGAUGUUUCUGGCAGCUAUUGCCCAUCACUACAGCUUCACGUAUAAGCCUUACAUCCAGGAGGCUGAGGAGGGUUCUUGCUUUGACUCUUUCAUGGCUAUGUGGGACAUCUCUGAUGUCAGAGCAGACAUUUCUGAACAAGUCCGCAAUGUUGGGAGAACAGUAAUGGGUCGUCCAAGGAAGUCUUACUUUGACGCAGCUCAGGACGACGGAGAGCGGUCUGGCUUGCUCUCGUCGGGUUCCCACGAUGCCAUUGCUGACGCGGCAUCCAGCUACCAGGGCCUGGGGAGAACCGCCACACCACAUUCUCAGUCGGCUCCAGCUGGGCUCAGCUCGGCGCCAUGGGAUGAAGGAUAUGAGGCUAGACCUGAGGAAACCCCGGAGGAAGAGAGGACCAACCAAACCAAAGAACCGACAGAGGCAGAUGAUCUAGUGAUCACCUAGCCCAUCAUCAAAGCCCAUCAUCUACAGACUCUACCAGACAUGGUUUGACAGGACCUAGUUACAGCCUUGCUGUUUUCCUUUAUACGUGAUAUACUGAUGCAACAUUUAACAAGAAAAUGUACAUGCACCAAAUAUUUGCCCGGAAAGACCAAACCAGAUGGACCUCUCUGUCAGUGACAUAUUCAAGAAGGCUCAGUGGUGUCUUGACUUGAACGACAAAAUGAUUUGUAGAUAACAGGCAUUAUAUUCUCUUAGCAUAUUGUUUUGCACAAUGCUCAGCAAGGUAUUCCUGAAUGUUUUUUUUUUUUUUUAAUCACUUUUAUUGGUCUCGUGGUCUGUUUUAACAUGGGUUCCAGAGCGCACACUUAAUAUUCAGCCCAGUCAUUGUGUUGUUGUGUGUGACAAUGGGAGUGUCUACCUGCAAAUCUGAAUUCUGAAUACAGCAUGAAGAUGUAUGCGUUUCCAUUCCAGGUACCAUGGAGAAACGAGUCGGCUCAUUCGUAUCACAGUCUCACGUGUGAAGAUAAAAAGAAAUAUGCAGCCUUUAAAUUACAAAUAUUAUCUGUCCAUUAUAUUGUUCUUGAGAGUGAUUUCUGAAACAAGUUAAUCGUCCUGUAUCAUAACGUUUGGUUCUAACCAGUGGGAGAUACAGAUUGUGAAUAAAAAUGAGAACCCUGAGUAAACAUGUGGACAAACAUAGCGAGUGCAGAUGCCUCUGUAUAGGUGUUUUGCACUGCUCAGUACACUUCAUGCUUUUUGUAAUGUAUAGAAAACGAUACACAGACACACACAGGUUUGAUGAGUAUGGAACAGUGUUGGGCAACACACGACUGCCCACAAAGCUGCUCAGACACAAGAUGAGGAUUUUAGAUUGAGUUUAUAUAGUCUGUAUGUAUCCGCUCAGGACUGGAUAACACAAUUUGGGAUGAUUUACUCCACAGUUAAGAUGCUUAAACCUUCCAAACAGAACAAACUGACAGUGCAGUAUUAGGGAUGAGCAGAUACAAUAUUUGUUAUCGGCCUGAUACUGGUCUGAUAUUUCUUACCAAGUUGGAGAAUUAAUAAUUAUAUCUUUGAAAUGAUGUGAAAUGGCACAAAAGUCUUAAAUGACUGUGUUGGACUGAUAUCAGUAUCUCCAGGUACUCAAAUUUGUGAAAUCAGUAUCAGUAUCGAACACAAAAAAGUAUCAGUAAGUAUCGGACCAUCACUAUGCAGUAUAAAAAUGAAUGCAGUGUAUUUCCUGUGUGUUGACACUGAAAAUGCAUUAACACUCGGCUUAAUUUAAAACUGUACUAUCAGCACAUUCUAGUAAAUACUGCUCUACUGCAUGUAGGUCACUCUGUAGUGUUUAGUAUAAACAUACUACUCUCUAUUAGAUGUCUUGUUCUAGGUGCCACUGAAAGCCAUUUAUUUUGCCUAAUAGUUCCUGAGAUUAUGUGUCUUUGUAAUUUACAUAGAUACUAUGUAUGUACAGGGAUAUUGACACGUUUAAUACACAGUGGGUUUCACGGGAGUGACGUGUUCAUAAAUAUACAUAUGUAUGAUCUGCAUCAUGUCCAGCUAAAAUAUUUAAUUUGCCUUUCAUUAUUUGUUUUUGUUUUUUGAAUAAAACUGCCAGGAUUGAUGUCAGAUAUCAUUGUUGUACAGUUCAAUUUAAAUACAGUACCGUGCAAAAGUCUCAGGGCACCACCAGCUUUGUUGUUUCUAAGUCUGAAAUCAUUGGCAUUUGGAUUGAAAUGAUGUAUUUGGAAGUUGGUGUUUAUCAGUUCAACUCCUACAUGUGUAUGUGAUGCUUGAAUAAACCUGGCGUAACAGACCUUUUUUACAGCAGAUUUUUCUCUUUCUCUAGGUUUUAUCAAUAACAUUAAUUAGGGUUCUGCUCCAGUUUUAACAGAGCCAGGGUUGUGCUAUUGUGAAAAAAGGGGUUAUCUUAAAACUACCCCCAUUCUCUAGAUGUGUACCAAUACAGUGAUACAGAUAUAAUUACACUGUAUGGUCAUGAAAGCAUUGCUAAUACAAACUAAGACAUUUGCACAGUACUGUACAUCUCAAACAAUCUCUACAAUAAAUCUGAUUAACAAUCUUC